AUGAGGAGAGACCAGGGGAGUGAGCUCCAGUGUGGAGGAGAUCAGCAGCUGCACUCAGCGGCAGCGAGAGCAAGGGGCGGAGCCAGGGCGGGCUCCGAGAAAGCCGGCAACACAACCGGCAGCAGUGCUGGCGGUGGGACCGGCUCCGACGCUGUCAGCAGCGCCGGUGAGGAAGCCAGCUGCAUUGUAGGCAGCAGAGCCGGUGGAGGAACCGGCGGCGUCUGGAGCAGCAGAGCCAGGGAGGAAAUUGACGGCAUUGCAGACAGCAGAGCCGAGGAAGGAACCGGUGGCAUCCUGAGCAGCAGAGCCGGUGGAGGAACCGGCGGCGUCUGGAGCAGCAGAGCCAGGGAGGAAAUUGACGGCAUUGCAGACAGCAGAGCCGAGGAAGGAACCGGUGGCAUCCUGAGCAGCAGAGCCGGUGGAGGAACCAGCUGCGCUGCAGGCAGAAGGGCCAGCAAGGGAACCGGCCGCAUUCCAGGCAGCAGAGCCGGUGAAGAAAUCAGCAGCCAGAUUAAGGAAGGAGCCGAGGCGGAAGGACUGGGCUGGCGACCCUGA